UUGGUUUACCGAACUGACAUGUCUGACAUUCCAAAAUUGCGAUUUUCGAUCUCUGAUAUGGAGUGUUAGGUAUCAGAACAUGGAUGGUGGUCAGCCAUGUAUGACGUUUGAACUAGAUCACCUUCUCUCUGCCUUCCUGUACAAAGCUAAUGUUAUUGAUGUGGAAUGGAUGGAGAUAACAGAUUAACCUCCGUGACAUGUAUACACAGGAAGACCUUUCCUACUGCAUUGGUGGUAUUGAAAAGGACGUAUCAAAGAUGACUUACUAAUUAGUUACCAGGAAGUCCAUACAUUCAAUCCCAAUAUGGCAAAUUGUGAUGACAAUUGUGUUGAAAAUGUAAUGAACACUUUAGAGUCAUUACACAUCAGUGAUCAACAUAAGGCCAGUAGUGACCAUGGGCAACAGGGCAAUGUAUUUGGGAGAACUCAAGGGGCAGGCAAAGCGACUGCCGAGGGGCACGUGCAAUCUGAUGUGGAGACUGUUGGUGGGGAGGGUGAGAUUUCUCGAGAGGCGAGACGGCGGCAACGGAGACAGGAAAGGGCCAGAUCCAGAGAGUCAUCUAUGGAACGAAAAAAUGAGGAAAAAGACACAAGUUCAAUAGACAGUGAAAUAGGAGGUCAAAAAUCUAGACGGAAACGUUUUAUAACAAGAGAUGCAGAGUCAUCUGAUGGAGAGAAAACAAACAGUACAGAAGUACCCUCUAUUGUUGUACCUGUUCUGGAUUCCACCAAACUUCCCCGGAGUCGGCAAAUAAGGAAACCGGCAGAGGGAACAAUAUCCCCACCAGUGACAUUACCUGUCAAGAUAGUUGAUGAAACCUCCAAGUCUGAGGCAACAUCCUCCUCUGUAAGUAAGGCUGAGGACCUACAGCGGCGGCGACAAAGGAGGCGAGAACUUAGUGCUGAACGGAGAUCCAGGAUGACUGCUCCACUUGUAUCUCCUGAACCAGAUAUAAUGCCAGAUGUCAAGACCACCACUGUUCCAACUGGCAAUAGACUGGGUAACAAUUUAAACACUAUGCAAAAUAAUACAUCUAAUUGUCAGCCUACAGGUGGUCCUGAAGUUCAUGUCCCUGUGAUUAAAAACGUUCAUUCUGAGGUAGUAACUGCACAAUCAGUGUCAUCAGGCUACCAAAGUAAUGACGAGUCAUCUGGACAGACAAAAUAUAAACUGUUAAGGACAACAAGGAGUGAUGGAAGAGAGAGACGAUUAUCGGGAAGUGACGGUGUUCCUAGUUCACAAAGUCCGAAGCAUAAUCUGCAUGCUCAGAAUUCAAAACAAUCUAAUGAAUACAAUUUGCCAUCAGAAGUAGACCAGAAAAAUGCAAAGUUAAUAUUUCAGUCAAGUCAUGAUAUGAAUGGAGAUGGUCUAGAAGGAGAUGAGUCUCAGAAACUAUCUGUGAAUGCUGGCAAUGCUUCUGCUGCUGGUGCCCCGGUAAGUCCCCCCUACAAGCACGGCAUGCAGAAUCUCUCUCCUAAGCCAUACAGUCCUCCUGGAAGACAUGAUGCCGAGGGAUCUUCACCAACAUUUUCACCUUGGCCAGCACAGCCUGUAUCCCCCUACCCAGCUAGUCCUCGCCAGGAUGUACGACCAGUCCAGCCAUCUCCCAUAUCAGAUGGGGAGGCUAGGCGUAGUCCUGGUCUAGCUCAGAUGAGCAGUAGAUCUCCACACGGAUCUGGGUCAACCCCGACUAAGUCCCAAAGUGCAGAGGAGAUGUCUGGUAGGAAGAAGGACCUGACACCUUCCUCCAAAAGUAGUAAGUCUAUGGACUUCAGUGACCAGAAUGCUUUUAAAGGAACAUCCUCAUUGAAGCGGACAGCACUUGUUACAGACUUGGACAAAGCCAUGCAGCAGAUGGACCAGGAAAGACUCCAUAAGCUGUUUAAGAAUGAGGGACAGACAGAACCCCAAAAUCAGAAACCGGCAGUUAGUGAAGGUGUGAUAGGGUCACCAGGGGAUAACGAUGUGAUGGAGACAGAUUUAGAUGCGGAAACUGUGACCCCUAGUAAAUACAGAACACCAACCAAAGCAACAGUACCUAUUGCAGGUAAUUCCACUUCAAGUGGAAAAUUACUUACUUCACUGAGAGAUAACUAUCAAAAACUACAAAAGACAGUAGCCUCCCACAGACAAAGGACAGGGUCUGACUCCUCCCUGCUGGAGAGACCAAAUAUAAAGAAAGUUAAGGAAAGACAGAAAACGGUGGAUGAUUCCUACAGACCGCAGGUCAAUCUAGAGGAUGCUGUUAGAUGGCCUGAGUCCAUACCAGGGAAACUAGAUUUCAGACAACUAGAUGUAUUCGAAGGGAAGAUGCUGCUGCAGUUUCUGUGUUCAUCAAUAGAUGAUAACCACUACUUACGCCUGAUACUGACCCCUCACGACCUCCAAGUGGUCAUCUCCCAGGUGGUCACCUGUCUCAUAGCCACCGGUAUUAUCAAGGAAUUGGAGGAGAGGGAAGGCCAGUUUGUCUUCAGGACGGAUUGUAUGUACUACUGGACCCACACGGAGCACCCAGUGACCAAACAGAAUGCUGACAUUGGCAAGCUGACGCCCAUGUGGCCACCCAACCUGUCUGACCAAGACAAUCAGCAUGGACUUAAGUACACAGAAGCAGCACGAUCACAUCACAAACAUAAAAAUCUUAUGCAACACCAGGCAGCUAUGGUCUCAUCACGACAUGAAUAUCAAGAGGAUCUGAAGAAACUCAAGGAAGAGCAUCAGGCAGUUCUGGACAAAUUCCGUGAAGAGCACGAGAAAAGUGUCAAAGAAUAUGCGGAGCGCAUUGCAAACCUACAGCUAGAGGUGGAAAAGUACAAGGCCCUAGCAGGCAUUGAGGAGUAUACACAAGAGGCUCUGGCAGAAGCAGAGGCUGCUGGGAAGGAUCUAGUCAAUGGACACGUUUAUGCACCAGACGGGUCAAGAAUAAUCGCAAUCACUGCCACACCACAGUCGACACCGUCUAACUCUGAGUAUCACACGCCAGCUGUGACACCCGAGUGUGUGACAGGGACUUAUCCUAUCAACAUACUCCGUGAGAAUGGGGACACCAUGGGCAUGCCUACCGUGCCUCCAGAGCUCCGGCCAGAUCCUCCAGCACCCCCUCCUCCCCCACCUCCUCCCCCUUUUAUGGCUGGCCCCCCUCCUCCUCCUCCUCCUCCACCUUUUAUGUCUGGCCCCGCUCCUCCACCACCCCCUCCUGCUCCAGGCAUGCUGGGACUUCAAAGCGAUAGAAGGCCCUCCAAAUCUCCGAUCAAUACGAAGUCGCCGAUGAAACCAUUGUUUUGGCAGAGAAUCCAAUUACAUGAUCUCAAACGUUCAAAGAACAAAGAUGUUGCCAAUGCCCGCCUAGUGUGGGAGGAGUUAUCAGAGGCAAACUUGGACUUCAUGGAGGUUGACUCACUGUUCUCCAAACAGCAGCUUAACACCAACCACCGAUCUAACCUCCAUCGUCGCAAGUCCCUACAACAACAGGCAGCCAAAGUGAUUGAACCUAAGCGAGCACAGGUGGUGGGCAUCCUGCUGUCCAGUCUGAGGAUGGAGAUGACAGAGAUAGAAAAAGCAAUUUUGACAUUUGAUACCUCAGUGGUCAAUGCAGAGAAACUCAGGGCAAUAUAUGACAAUCGAGGUGAAUCGGAUGAAAUAAAGAAACUGAAAAAGCAUGUUGACAAGCACCCAGAUGUACCACUUGACAAACCUGAUCAAUUUCUGUACGAUCUGACAUUAAUACCAGACUUCGCUGAUAGAAUAUACUGCUUUAUAUUUCAACAAACCUUCCAGGAAAGCAUGUCUGUGAUAGAAAACAAAUUCAAUAAUCUCAAGAUGACAGCUGAUUUGUUGAUGAGAGACGAGGGAAUCAGAAAUAUCUUAGGUCUAGUCUUGGCUGUAGGAAACUACAUGAAUGGAGGGAACCGAUCUCGGGGGCAGGCUGAUGGCUUCAGUAUAGAGAUAUUACCUAAUCUUAGGGAUGUUAAAACAAAGGACAACCGGUCAAGUCUGCUGUGGUACAUUGUUACCCAGUAUGUGAAGAUGUAUGAAAAUGACAUCACCAGCUCGGAUCGACUGACCGCUCCCAUCCCUGACACAAGUGACCUGAACCAGGCCAAACUAGUGGCAUUUGAUGAAAUUGAAAAGGAGAUGAAAAAAAUAAAGAAAGAUUUUGACGCGGCGGAGAAAUGUGCUGAGAGGAUAAUGAAGUCCAAAGCUAGUCAACAAUGCGUGCAACCUUUCCAGGACAUUAUGACUGAAUUCUUCGAAAGAGGACGUCGUGAAUAUAAAGAACAAGAAGACAAUUUGAAAGAAAGUCGUGAAAAGUUCCAGGAAGUUGUCAUGUUUUUCUGUGUAAAACCAAAGAGUGGAGAUAAGGAGGUAACUCCAGACUAUUUUUUCUCAUUAUGGCUGGGGUUCUGUAAAGAUUUCAAGGAUUUCUGGAAAAAAGAGCAACAGCGAGUCUUAAAGCAAAGAAUCAAGGAAGCCCAGACACGAGUAAGACAGCUACAGGAGGGUAAAAAGGUGGCGAUCUCUACACAGAUCAGGACGCGCUCAAAGAAACCAGGCGGAUUAGUAAGUACACUGAAAUAA